GGCAAAUAUGGCCAAAAUUAUGAAACGAGGCAAAAUCCACAGCACUUUUAUUUAUCAUUACGAAAUAUAAAAAUGACUUCUUUGAUUAUAAAACAAAUUACUUCUCGUUGCGGUCUCAGAACUUAUGAAAAAUGCGUUCGUCUUUGUUGGAUCAGACCUUUAUGUGCAAGUACAAAAGAUAGAGGUGCUGCAACAAAAUCAGAACGACGCAGCAAUGCGCCUAAAAUAUAUACAAAGACAGGAGACAAAGGUUUCUCUAGCACUUUCACGGGUGAAAGGAGGCCAAAGGAAGAUGGUGUUUUCGAAGCCCUGGGUGCCACUGACGAGCUGUCCUGCGCUAUAGGAUUGGCCAGAGAGUUUUGCAUGGACCAUGGGCAUGCAUUCAUAGAAGAGCUUGAAAAGAUUCAGUGUGUGCUACAAGAUGUGGGAUCGAAUAUCGCUACACCUCGGUCAUCAGCCAGGCAAAGUCACAUAAACAAGACCAUGUUCAGUGGACAGCCCAUCUCUGACCUGGAAUGCUGGAUUGACAAAUACACAGAGGAACUUCCUCCACUGACCAACUUCAUUUUACCUUCUGGAGGGAAGAGCAGUGCAGCGCUGCAUGUGGCUCGCUCAGUGUGCCGGAGGGCGGAGCGCAGUGUCGCCCCUAUUGUACGGUCAGGCGAAGUCGACGCAGAAGUGGCCCAGUUCCUGAACAGGCUUAGUGAUUACCUGUUCACCAUAGCCAGGUAUGCGGCCAUGAAAGAGGGCAGUAAGGAGACCAUCUACAGGAGGCCUGAAUGAGGAGCUGUCGGGGUGCGGAAAGGCAAACAAAAUGGAGGCGCACACAAGACUCAAUCUCCACCGCACAGGAGUGCAGCUCAGCAGUGUGUCCAGGAGUAAAGCUAUGGCACGUGAAACAGUCCAGCUAUUUGAUCACUGUAAACCACCGCGACUCAACUCCACGUCCUGCGGGCCGCAGUGUCAGCAGGGGUUCCCGUCAGCCGUACGCUAGACCACCUGAUUUGACUAAUUAGCUUAUCUGAACCAAGCAGGUGAAAUAAUGAGUGAAAUCUGGUGGUGUAGCGCACUGUAAGAGCGAAUGCCUGCUGACACUGCGGCCCACAGGAUGUGCAGUUGAGUCACGCUGCUGUAAACUUUGCUUCCAUCACAAAAUGUAAAUUAUGAAAUAUUGUAAUAUUGUAUUGUUCUGAAACUAUAUAAUUGUAUUCAUGCCAAAUAAAGUGUUUUCACACUUUCUUUCUGUUCAUAUGAA